UUUCACUGCCAUCUUGUUCGAUUAGUUUCGCCUGCGCUCCCAAUCGGUUAGUACGCCUGCGCCGAAAUCUGUUGGCAAAACGUCUGGUCGGAGAGGCGUUGCUUGUCGCUUCAUUGAAUCUGUGAAACCUUGAGGGAGAGUGUAGUCAGAGGAUCAGACUUUUUCCAAAAUCCCCGAUGCUGGCACUGUCCAGAUGUUCCACCGCUUUGAGGUGGAGACUUCCCUUGCGCUGCUCUGUGCUCUCUCUGGGGAACUCUACCAUGAGCAGACAGCCCUCCAUCCCAGCCAGGCCCCCGAUUUUAAGAAACCAGAAUGCUCUGUUUCACCAAAGUAAAGCCAAAGCAAGUCCUGACCCGAACAAGAUUGCCUCAGUGUCUGAGUCUGGGCUGGAGGGGGAGCUAUUCGGAAUGGGGAUGUGGUCGCUGGGUCUGGGCGCCGUCGGAGCUGCCCUAGCCGGGAUCCUCCUGGCCAACACUGAUCUGUGUAUUCCUAAAGCUGCCAGUGCAUCGCUGGAAUACCUUGAAGAUGCAGACCUGCGCUCCACCACAGAUGAUGACAAGGUCAUCAAAGCAAAGAGUCUGUGGGAGACGAACGGGGCAGUGGUCAUGGCCGUUAGAAGACCUGGAUGAUUUUUGUGCAGAGAGGAGGCCGCUGAGCUGUCCUCUCUGAAGCCCCAGCUGGAAGAGCUCGGGGUCCCUCUGGUCGCUGUGGUGAAAGAGAACGUCGGCACAGAGAUCCAGGACUUCAGACCGCACUUUGCUGGCGACAUCUAUAUAGAUGAAAAGAAACAUUUCUACGGCCCGCUGCAGAGGAAGAUGGGCGGUCUGGGGUUCAUUCGUCUGGGAGUUUGGCAGAACUUCAUCCGGGCCUGGAGGUCCGGUUACCAGGGCAACAUGAACGGAGAGGGCUUCAUCCUGGGGGGGGUGUUUGUCAUCGGAGCAGGAGAUCAGGGUAUCCUCCUGGAGCACCGUGAGAAGGAGUUUGGUAAUAAGGUGGAGACAGCAGAUGUGCUAGAGGCUGUUAAAAAAAUUGUACCAGCGAAAUAAUAUUUUGUAGCAUCAGACAAAGGUCGAUUAUUAGCUCAAAACUGGAAUUAUGAAAUAAUGUACAGUUUAGGAGUAGAUAUUAUACUGACAUUUAACUCUGCAUUGUCUAAUAUCACUUUUUACCUCUGUCUUUUGCACAAUAAUUUCCUGUUGGGUAUGAAAAAUCUAGCUGUGAAAUGCCGAAAAGAACCAAUGUUAUUGCAGCGUUUGUCACUGAUUAUUCUGUUUCCCUCUGCAGACAAUGAUAAGUUAGAUUUUUGACACGGGUAUGAAAAAGUAAGGGACGUAGAGUUAGCAUUUUCAUUCAGGGUCAUCAAUAAGUUUAGGGUUACUUGAAAAUUGCCGUUUAGAAAACCACAUGCUUCAAUCUGAAGGCACACAUUUAUUAUGUGUUAGUGGUACUUUUUAAAUAUCACUGGUGUGUUAAAGCUUCAUUUGCUUCUCCUGUUCAGGCGCCUCAGUGAGCCUCAAACAUGACGGACAACAGUGUGUGUCCUCUGUGUGUGAUAAUGACAACUUGACUCUAAACUCAGCACUGAGAGGAGCAGGUUUGAUAACCAAACACACACAGGUUCGACUGCUGUUGUCGCAUUUGAGACUGUUUGCGGUGACUGGAGCAGGUGUUGCUUGCAUGUGUGUGUUUGUGAGUGCAACAAGGAUAUGUAUGUAAUUGCACAUGUGCAAACUGGCUUCAGAUUAAUAAAGACCUCAUCACUAAGCUCCA